AUGACAAUAGGGAAAAUGGAGAACGUGGAGGUCUUCACCUCUGAAGGCAAAGGCAGGGGUCUGAAGGCCACUAAGGAGUUCUGGGCUUCGGACGUCAUCUUUGCCGAGCGGGCUUAUUCUGCAGUGGUUUUCGACAGCCUCGUCAACUUUGUGUGCCACACCUGCUUCAAGAGGCAGGAGAAGCUCCAUCACUGCGGGCAGUGCAAGUUUGCGCGCUACUGUGACCGCACCUGCCAGAAGGACGCGUGGGUAAACCACAAGAAGGAGUGUUUGGCCAUCAAGAGAUACGGGAAGGUACCCAAUGAGAACAUCAGGCUGGCUGCACGUAUCAUGUGGCGGGUGGAGAGAGAGGGCACCGGGCUCACAGAAGGCUGCCUGGUGUCCGUGGACGACCUGCAGAACCACGUGGAGAACUUUGGGGAGGAGGAGCAGAAGCAGCUGCGGGUGGACGUGGAUACAUUCUUGCAGUACUGGCUGCCCCAGAGCCAGCAGUUCAGCAUGCAGUACAUCUCGCACAUCUUCGGCGUGAUUAACUGCAAUGGUUUCACGCUCAGUGAUCAGAGGGGCCUGCAGGCAGUGGGCGUGGGCAUCUUCCCCAACCUGGGCCUGGUGAACCAUGACUGUUGGCCCAACUGCACUGUCAUCUUUAACAACGGCAAUCAUGAGGCAGUGAAAUCCAUGUUUCACACCCAGAUGAGAAUUGAGCUCCGGGCCCUGGGCAAGAUCUCAGAAGGCGAAGAGCUGACCGUGUCCUAUAUCGACUUCCUUAACGUCAGCGAAGAACGCAAGAAGCAGCUGAAGAAGCAGUACUACUUCGACUGCACGUGUGAGCACUGCCAGAAAGGGCUGAAGGACGACCUCUUUCUGGGGGUGAAAGAAGACCCAAAGCCCUCUCAGGAUGUGGUCAAGGAGAUGAUACAAGUCUCCAAGGAUACACUAGAAAAGAUCGACAAGGCUCGCUCCGAGGGCUUGUACCACGAGGUUGUGAAGUUGUGCCGGGAGUGCCUGGAAAAGCAGGACUCGGUGUUUGCUGACACCAAUAUCUACAUGCUGAGGAUGCUGAGCAUUGUUUCCGAGGUCCUCUCCUACCUCCAGGCGUUUGAGGAGGCCUCGUACUACGCCAGGAGGAUGGUGGAUGGCUAUGUGAAGCUCUACCACCCCAACAAUGCCCAACUGGGCAUGGCCGUGAUGCGGGCGGGGCUGACCAACUGGCAUGCUGGUAACAUUGAGGUGGGGCACGGUAUGAUCUGCAAAGCCUAUGCCAUUCUCCUGGUGACACACGGACCCACCCACCCAAUUACCAAGGACUUAGAGGCCAUGCGGAUGCAGACAGAGAUGGAGCUGCGCCUGUUCCACCAGAACGAGUUCAUGUACCGAAAGAUGCGUGAGGCUGCCCUGAACAACCAGCCCAUGCAGGUCAUGGCUGAGCCCAGCAGCGAGCCGACGCCAUCUCUGUUCCAUAAGAAGCAAUGAGGACCUGCCUGCUGUGUGUGCUGACACUCUAUCUACUGAAACAAACUGGCGAGGGCUCAUCUUCUCUUCUUCACUUUUAAUUUCUUCCUGAAACCAAUGCAGACUGGCUUCCUGAACUCCACUAGAAGAGAUUUUACCAAUGUCAGUUUUAGUGGGUCUUUUUUGGUUGUUGCAUUACUUGGCAUCUUUGCAUCAGUUGACACUCCCAGCGCUGAUUUCUGGAACACCACUUCCUUGUGCUGAUGCUCUGAUGUAGUUUCUCAGUCUCCCUCUGUCCCUGCUCCACGUGCCCUGAUAUGUGGCAUUUCCUGUAGUUGGUUUUGUUCAUCUGGUCACUCUCACUUUAUUUUCAUCUCAGUCUGUGCACACUCCCUGCAGGAGCUCGCCAGGCCCUUGGUGUGUUCUCUAUCUUGAGUCUGAUGGUCUUAAAUCCGUAUUUCCUAAUCUUGCUCUUGAGCUCCAGCCCCACACACCCUCUUGAAUGCUCUGCAGGCACAUCAAACUCAGCACAUCCAGAAUAAAAUUUUUUCUCUUUCUCUUUCCUAUCUCCCCUCCCCAACAUCUCCCUCCUCAGCACACCACCUGGGAACACUUGACUUCUGCUUCUGUUGCAUCCUAGACUUCAGUCGAACCCACUCACUCCCCGGUCCCUGAGUGACCCAUGUUCUCCAUGCCUCUCUGAGUUUUCUACCUAAAAUAGCUAAAACCUGCCAACUCCUAUUCAUCUUUCAGCAUCUGGUUUGGAAAUCACCCCAUCUGUGAAGCCUUCCCUGAAUGCCUUCAGUUCAGCUGGCUGCCUGAGUCUCUGGUAUUACCCUUGAAUCUCCCAUCAUAAAUCUCUCCUCAUGGCAGUAUAAUUCUCUGCCUCCUCUAUCAGAUUGUGAGCUCCUUGAGGGCAGGAGCUGUGUCCCUUUAUUCAUCUUUCUAUUCCCAGAACCUAGCACAGGUCCUGAAACAUAGUAGGUGCUCAGUUAAUGUGUGUUGAAUGAAUGAAUGAAUAAGUGAAUGAAUUUACUUCUCAGAGCAGAAGAGAUAGGAACUGUGCAUUUUGAGUUUUUAUGUUACAGCCGUCAACAAAGGCCAUUAAAUCCACUGUU